AUCAUGUAUACGGUUGGUCAGGCCCCAACACAUACCAAUGGAAACCCGGCUUUUCCCACUAUGAAUACAUCAGCACAUGCAUCUGGCAAUAAUAUGAUUCUCCCACCCCAUGCAUACACUGUGUCUCCUGCUACACAGGUGUGGAACGGACCACAGGGGAUUCCUGUUACUGUUGUGCCACAAAAUUCAUCACCUGCUUUUCACAGAACAUUUCUGAAAGCCAAGCCAAGAGCUCUGGGGAUUGUGCUGAUUGUCGCUGCCGUCUUGCAGAUUGCUCUGGGUAUUGGGCAGAUAUGCACCUUUUUUGCUGUUUCUACAGUCAGUGGUAUCGUUUUCUGGGGGUCAGUGUUUUACAUAAUUGCAGGAGCCCUGACAGUUGCAGCAUAUUGUAAACCCAACAUCUGCUUGGUGAAAGGUUCCCUCUCCUUGAACAUCAUUAGCUCAGUUUUCAGCUUUAUUGCUUUCAUCCUAAACUGCGUGGAUUUAGCUUUAGCUCCCUUUUUUGACUACUCCUACUACUACAACAACAAUAGCUAUGAGGAAAGCUAUGACACAGGAUACUAUCGUGAAAGACAUUACAGAGGAUAUGCUAUUCUGUCCAUUCUCCUUUUAACAAAUCUGCUGCUGUUCUGUGUGUCCCUUUCUGUCUCCAUUUUUGGAUGUCGUUCCCUAGCACAAGAAACACCAAAUGUUCCCCAGGUGUUUAUCAUACAGAAUGAUGUUGUGCUUUCCAUGAGCCCUUCUACAGCUCCAGGAACAUUCCCAGCAUUUGCUCAAUCGGGGUCACCUCCACAAUAUACAGCCCAGCAAGACAAAGCAUAUUAAUAACAUAUUUGCAUUAUACAGUAUAUUGUAAAGUGAACCUGUCAACAGCACACACACAUGAUAUAGGACCUGAUUUAGAUGUGGCUGUGGCUUUUGCUACAGCUAUGUUUUAAGCUAAUUCCCUGACCGAUUUUCCAAAUACUGAGCUGCUCAUUUGUAGCAUCUUGCGGCUGUGUAACUCCAGCACAAUCAGAAGCACCAACAAAUCUCUCACCAGCCCUAUGGCAGAUGCAGCUUCUCCAUCUGCACAUGGCCUGCUGUGUGAGCAGCUGUGCAUCUAUUGAUGCAGCUGUUGUAAGUGACAUGCCUAUGGUGGAGGAGGGGUGGUGCACCAUCUGGCUAGCCACCUCCCUGUUACCUCCUGGGAGCACUCACUAAAAUCCACACUCCCUGGGGUAAAUUUACUAAGAUGAGAGUUCAAUUUAAGAUGGGAUGUUGCCCAUAGCAACCAAUCAGAUUCCAGGUAUUAUUUUCUAGAAGGUGCUAGAUAAAUGAGAAGUAGAGUCUGUUUGGUUGCUAUGGGCAACAUCCCAUCUUAAAUAGAACUCUUAUUUUAGUCAAUUUACCCCCCUGUGUCCAAAUUCAUUCUGUGUCUCAAUUCGGUAACAUUCAGGCACAUGUGCAGUACUUUGGCCAACUCGUAUCGGCAUAGCUUGCGACUCUGAAUCAGGUUCAUAAUGUUUAUGAUAACACAAAUGUAUUAUUAAUUGACUUUACUAUUAGAAUGGUAACAAUGGUCUAGCAGCUUCAGAGGUUCCCAAAGUUGUGGGGGGAGGGGGGGGCAAACGUAUUAUAACUGCACUUAUCAUGUGGGUAUAACACUUCUAGCCUCACCUCUUCAAUGAGGCAAAGCAGGAAGCAGCAGUGCUGAGAUGUUUGAACAUCUCGAAUGUCGAAGCAGUGGAGUAUAAAACUCCCCCCUCUGGCGAUCACUGCCAGUGCCCCACCACACAGUGCAUCAGCGAGAUCUCACAUGCAGCCUGGAGCUGACAGCCCCUGAAGCCAGGGACAGUGGCACAUAAUGGCACUGAUACCGCUUCUUCCCCAUAACGACCUGUCAUACAUCUACCCCUCAGUCCUCAAGGCACCCUAAUGGUCCAGGUUUAAAGGAUGACCAUUCUUGGGCACAUGUGACUUAAUUAGUACAGUACCUCAAUCAAUUUGAUAUAACAUCUGUGCUCAGCCAUGGAUAUCCUUAAAACCUGUUAGGGUGCCUUGAAGAUGGAGUUUGGGCACCUCUAGUCAAGCUUCUACAAUUGAUUUCUAAAUUGCAUGUAGACAACAGGUAAUGUUUGCAGAAACAAUGAUUUUGCAAUGAUUCACUCUUCAAGCACAUUAAUAAAUAUUUACAUAUAUGACUCACUUGCAGUAUGACCGAGUACAGGUAUUUUUGCAAAACUGCUCCGGUGCAAUUAUACACAGUUGCAAGAUGAAUAGGUCCCCCUAGUAAUUACAAGUAUAUUAUGCUCAGGCAUAUCUCAGCUUUAAAUAUGGAUGUAACUGGUGUUAAAGAUAGUAUGUGCAUGACAAUUGUACUGUACAGCAGAGCCGUAACUACACUUUUUGGUGCCCUGUGCCAUAAAGAGAAUUGGCGCCCAAACCAGCCCACCCUCAUUUUUCCAGUAGGGACAUAAGGAGCAUGCCCUUGUGGGGAAGAGGCAUGACCUAACUGAUCCCAGAGAAAGUCCAUGCUGCGAUACCCUUUCCCACAUUUUAUUUAUUCACACACAUUUCUAGAAUACUUCAAGAAAAUGGAUUGCAACACAAAUCCUCUUGAAUCCACAUCCAUGAACUUAACUUGAGAGCUUGUUGUUAUUCAGUUACAAUACCCUUUAUUAAAUAACACAUUUCAAUAUACUGCCAUCCCAAGAUUCAAACCCAUAACUAUUGCAUUCCAGUCAAACACCCUACUCAUUAAGCUGUUUGAUUCUGCAUAAAAACGAUGAGAUUUCUUACUAUAAUGGUGCCCAUACACUUGUGAGAUAAUCGGUGCGAUCCUUCGAUUUCGACGUCAUCUGUGAGAGAAAUUGAAGGAUUGUAUGCACAUUUUGGGUACCUUGAGACGCGAUGCGUGGGCACGCCGCUUGAAUGUCGCAUCUCAAGAUACAGUAUUAUGUGCUGUAUUUAAUAUCUCUUGCAUCGCAGUGCGAUCGCAUGUGGUUUUAAAACCACAUGAGAUAUAUCGCACUGCGAUGUGUGAUGAGCACCCGCCGGUAGGGGCAAGAGGCCGCUCCUACUCAGCAGCGACGUGCUGAUCACAUGAUUACCAUGCGAUCUAUUGCAUGAUCGCAUGGUAAUCACUUUGGCGGUUCAGGUGCGAUGCCCCGCGAUGUUGCGUCGCGGGUCAUCGCACAAGUGUAUGGGCAGCAUUAGACUCUACUUGCACUUUGUUAAAAAUAUAAUCAGCAUUGCAAUUAAGCAUAUCUAUGUAGUGUGCAGCCACACAUCCAAUCUCUUGCAGCCACACACUACAUAGAUCUGCUCAGCCACAAUGCUGAUCAUUUUUUCACAAAGUACAAGGUGAGCUUCAAAUAGUUAGAAUUCUCUAGCUUUCCAUGUAAGGGCAGAUUGCUCAAUGAAUAGAGUGUCUGACUGCAAUGUCACAGGCAAUGGGUUCGAGUCCUGGGUAUGUCAACAUCUUGAAACGUAAUAAAGCAGUGACGUGCGGUGGGGUGAGGCAGAGCCUUUCCUGUCAUACUAACAUUUGUGCCAGAGUUUUGACUGUAUAAAGUAUAUGAAAAAUACAAAAAAUAUGUUAGAAAUAUAUUUUUUGCAUUAUUCUAAUAAUUUUUAUAGCCAAAACUCUGGCGUAAAAAGUCUAUGGCAAGUGAGGCAGUGCCUCACCUGGCUAACUUUUCCGCACAUCUCUGAUCAAUACUCACCAAAUUUCCAGGAAUUUAUACUGUUGUACCUGUGUAUAAUGCCCAGAUGUACGCUCUGGCUCAUAUAUUGCAUGUAAAUCUGGCUCUGGUGCUAGCCAGUGCUUCCUGAGCUAUUUAGCUCACCGCACGUCCCUGUAAUAAAGGACAGUGUGACUGAAUAACAAAGUUAUUGAAGUUCAUGAAUGUUGUAUAGGUAUUAGCAACAGAAGAAAUGGGGUUGUAGACAGGGGCGGACAGGAGAUGCUGGGCUUCAAAAAGUGGGGAAGCUACAAGUGAAAGUAUUUAAAACAGAUAAUUGACAAGUGCCUCGAACAGCGACUCCUACCCUGCAGCGUUAUGUGCAGUGGCACACGCCACACAUUCUAGUUAUGGCCCUGCUGUACAGAAACGCAAUGUCAUGUAUUUUUACUUACACAAAAAGUGAUGAGUUACAAAUCUGCUGGCAUCAAGCUCUUAAACUGGGCAUAUACUAUACAAUUAUCUGACAGAUAAUCUGUCAGCU